UCCACUGAGGAAGGAGUAGGAGUACACGCUCGUCGCCCUCCCAGCCCCCGUCACUAGUUUUUACGGUGUCCCAGUCUUGUGCAGUGCGGGAAAGUUGAGCUCCGCGACUCUGGGAUUUUACCUUACCUGGCCGGGGACUUAGCGCAGGUAGGAAAAGCAAAAGAUAUAUUGAAGAAAAAAAAAGUGAUAGAGAAAUGACGUGAACACCUUGAGAAGAAGUAAAUAAAAUAAAUAUAGAGAAGAAAGAUCAGAGAAAGGAAGACAAAUUAAAGUGUUAGAGAAUAUAAACGAAAGAGAGUAAGUUAAUCCACGUAAAGAGAAAAGUAUAUAUAAAAUUAACAGAAGAAAACAAACAGACAAGAAAAACAGGUUGAUAUAGGAAACAAACGAAGAAAAAUGUGAACAGGUGAAAUAAAUAAGGAGAAAAAUAGAAGAAAAAAAAGAAGAAAAAUGAGAAUGGCAAACAAAAAAUAUCGGUGGAGAAAAGAAACGUGAAAAUAAGUAAAAAAUAAAUAAUCAGGCAAAGCGUUAAGAGAAAAAAUAAAAUAAAAGAUACGCCGAUGAAAGUAAUAAGAACAAGAGAAAAAAUAUGUAACUUGAACCUUGGUGGGAAAGGGAAAGGAAAAAUAUAAAAAAAGUUAGAAAAAGCGAAACGAAAAUAUCUGACUAAAAACCUUGGUGGGGGAGAAGGAAAAAAAUGAAAAUAGAAAAACAGCGAAAAACACGAUGUCUCCUUAUUUGAACUAAACCUUGGUGGGAGAGAAAAAACAAAUACACGAAAAGAAAAAAUACCCCCCCCAAAAAAAAUACAUCUUGACUUACACGUUGGCAGAGAAAAAAAACACUUAUAAAUCAGAACUUAAACAAAACCUUGGUGGAAGAGAAAGCAAAUACCACAAAGAAAAAAAACAGUAAGAAACGAUAAAAUAAUCAUCUAUAAUUAAUCCCCUUGGCAGAGAGAAAGAAAAAAAAAUAACUUAAAAUAUAACUAUAACAAAACCUUGGUGGAAGAGAAAGCAAAUACCACAAAGAAAAAAACAGUAAGAAACGAAGUAAUAAUCAUCUAUAAAUAAUUCCCUUGGCAGAGAAGGAAACAAACACUUAAAACAGGACUAAAACUAAACCUUGGUGGAAGAGAAAGCAACCACAAAGAAAAAAACAGUAAGCAACGAAAAAAAAAAAUCCAUCUUCAGUUAAACCCUUGACAGAGAGAAAGAAGAAAAAAAAACUUAAAAUAGGACUAAAACUAAACCUUGUGGGAGAAAAAGCAAAUACUACAACAAAAAAACAAACAAAAAAAAAACAGUAAGAAAGAAGCGAAAAAAAAUCCAUCUUCAGUUAAACCCUUGACAGAGAGAAGGAAAAAAACACGUAUAAAACAGGACUAAAACGAAACCUUGGUGGGAGAAAAGAGCAAAUACUAUACAAAAAAAUAAAACAGUAAAGAAAGAAACGAACAAAAUCCACCUUCAGUCCAACCCUCGGCGGAGAGAGAAGAAAAAAAAAACGUAUAAAACAGGACUAAAAUAAAUCUUGGUGGAAGAGAAAGGAAACACCACAACAACAAAAAACAAAAACAAAACAGUAAAAGAGAGAAAAAAAAAAGGUCCAUGUUCAGUUAAACCCUCGGCGGAGAGAAGGAAAAAAAACACGUAUAAAACAGGACUGAAUCACCGCCUCUCACCAUGGACCCCGCCAGGAUACUCCAGAUCAUCACUAACAGCACGUGGAUGGUGACCAAGCUCGUGGGCAGCGACCCGGUAGAGUUCGAGCAGCCGGAAUACGAGGUGACGGUGCCUGAGAACACCCUCGCCGACCACCUGCUGCGCUUGUCCGCCAGAGUGCGCCCCUCAGGCGAGCCCGCGGUCUACAGCAUCGUGGAGGGCAACGCCGGGUCACACUUCUGGGUUCACCCCUCCACGGGCUCGCUGUCCCUGCUCACACCGCUAGACUACGAGAAGAGGAAGAAGUACGAGCUGGUGGUGGAAGCGAGAGCAGGGGAGGAAAGCAGCCAGGCGCGGGUCGUCGUGAGGGUAGAGGACUUGAACGACCACGCGCCCGUCUUCCCCACGACCCUCCACGAGACGCAGAUCACUGAGGAGGACGACCGACACCUGCCCAAGACGAUACUAACGCAAGUGACGGCGACGGACGCAGACGCCGGCGACUUCGGGCAGCUCACGUACAGCCUGUCUGGGGACGGCGUGGACGGUGAGGACGGGGAGGACUCAGCCUUCGCCAUUGACCCUCUGACGGGGGCUAUCCGGCUACUGAGGCCCCUGGACCGUGAUCCCCCCCACGGACGAGCCCAGUGGCGCCUGCGGGUGACGGCCACGGACGGGCAGCUGGAGGCACACACCGACGUCCGUGUUAACGUUAAGGACGUCAACGAUAACGCCCCGUACUUCCCCGCCGCCACCACCACCGCCGCCGUCUCCGAGGACACGCCCAAAGGUACCAUCGUGGCGCACAUGAUGGCCACGGACCCCGACGACCCGAAGGAAGGGAACAACGCGCGGCUCGUCUACUCGCUGGAGAAGAAUGUAAUCGACGAGACCAGCGGCAGCCCCAUCUUCGCCAUCGACAGCGAGCUCGGCGUCAUCAGCACGGCGCUCUGCUGCCUCGACCGGGAGAAGACGCAGCGCUACGUCAUCCAGGUGGUGGCGACGGACGGCGGUGGGCUGAAGGGCACGGGCACGGUGGUGGUGGACGUGGACGAUGUGAACGACGUGCCGCCCAGGUUCUCGCGGCCCGAGUGGACGCUGGACGUGCCUGAGAGCCUCGAGCCGGACCAGGUCUUGGCCACCCUGACUGUCGUGGACAAGGACGUCACCAACAACUUCGCCUACAGGGUGGUGCCGAACAGCGGGCGCGGCUGGCAGAUGUUCGGCGUGGCGGCGCGGCGUCGGGGCGGGCCAGGCGGCGACCUCCGCUCCCUAACGUCCCUUGACUACGAGAACCCCGCCCACCGCCGAGGGUUUAGGUUCAAAGUGGAGGUCACGGACAUGGCGGACGACGGCUGGAACGACAAGUACCACAUGGACGGCGCGUGGGUCAACCUGCGACUGGUGGACGAGAACGACAACGCCCCGACCUUCCUGAGCCGCCACGCGCGCCUCACCCUGCCCGAGGACACGCCCGUGGGCACGCACCUCACCACCUUCACCGCCCACGACCUCGACGGCGGCGGGCAGCAAGUCGAGUACCGCGUGGCGCCGGCCAGUGACCCCGGCGGACAGUUCGACGUGGACAGCGGCGGCACGGUGCGGCUGGUGGGCGGGCUGGACCGAGAGGCGUCGGACACCCACAGCGUGCUGGUGCUGGCGGUGGACCAGGGAGUGCCGCCCAGGACCGCCACGGCCACCUUGUCCAUCGACGUGACGGACGUAAACGACAACCCGCCGUUCCUGGCGGAGCCCCGCGAGGUGCAGGUGACGGAGAACAGCGAGGCGCAGCAGGUGGCGCAGGUCAAGCUGGGCGACCCCGACGACUGGCGGCAGGGCCACGGGCCGCCCUUCACCAUCGCCCUGGACCCCCGCGCGCCGCCCCACGUCACCGACAGCGUCAGGGUCACGCUGGACACCCGCGGGGACGACGGGCGCGGCGUGGGCGUGGUGUGGACGCGGGCGGCGCUGGACCGCGAGGAGCGCCCCGCCCUGCUGGUGCCGCUGGUGGUGGGCGACGCCGGCUGGCCGUCCCUCAGCGCCACCGUCACCCUCACGCUGCACGUGGCCGACAUCAACGACAACCCCAUGGCGCCCGCCGCCAAGACGGUCACCGUGCACACGCUGCAGCGCCCGGGGUCAGCGGUGCCCCUGGGGCGGGUGUACGUGCAAGACCCCGACGACUGGGAUUCCGCGGCCAAGACUUACGCCUGGCGGGACCCUCAGGCGGGCUUCUCCCUCGACACCGCCAGCGGCCACCUCACCAUGGCGCCCUCCACGCCGGACGGCAGGUACGAGUUGAGCUUCAAGGUGAGCGACGACAGCCAGGGUCAGUUCGGCGUGAAGGCCAACGUGACGGUGCAGGUGAAGACCAUGAGCCCCGAGGACGUGAAGCACGCCACGCCCCUCACGCUGGCCGUGGACCCCAGCUACCUGGUCAAGCCCGACAAGUCUUUCCGCGCACGUUUCCAGCAGGGCGAGCCUUCCCUGCUGGCGCGGCUCCAGGCGACGGUCGGGGCGUGGGUGGGGACUGGGGUGGAGGCGGCGUGGGUGCAGCCCCUGCGGGACGGCCCCGAGGCCUCCGCUCCCAGUUCGGUGUCCCGUGUGUGGCUCGUCACCCCGGGGAUCAUCAACGCCGACCACGCCAUCCUCUACCGCCGGGACGAGCUGAGCAGCAUCCUGGGCGUGGAGGUGACGGCCGUGGGGACGGGCACGUGUCAGGAAAACUUCGUGGACACGCCGCCGGGGGCGCCCAGCAGCCGACGCCGCGCCGCGCUGGACGCCGAGUGUGCCUACGGCUGCUGGGCGCGGGCCGUGCUCAGCAGCGGCUUCACCAUCGUGGACGCCAACACGUCGGCCGUGGUGGGGCCGCGGCUGGAGGUACAGACGGGCUGUGGCUGUGACAACACCUCGCCGCCCCCAGACACCGCCUGCACGCCCUACACAUGCCUCAACGGCGGCCGCUGCGUGCCCACGCUGACGGGCACCAGGUGCAUCUGUCCCUACGGCACGUCAGGCGCCCGCUGCAAGGUGCUCGCCAGACACUUCGAGGGCGGCGGCAGCGGGCAUAAGGGCGGCGGAGCCGAGGGCGCGUGGGCGUGGGUGCCACCCCUCCCGCCGUGCGCCGAGGUGCACGUGAGCCUGGAGGUGCUGAGCACGGCGGGGGCGGCGGCGCUGCUAUACGCGGGGCCGGAGCAGCAGGGCGCCGAGCAGGGACAGGGCCGGGGCCGCCGCGACCUGCUGCUGCUGGAGCUGCGUCAGGGGCGGCCGGUGCUGCUGCUGGACCUGGGCGGCGGCCCCGUCACGCUCGCCCUCAACUCCUCCGCUUCGCUGGCCGACGACACGUGGCACAGGAUAGACCUCAUCUGGAAGGACGAGCUGGUGGAGAUGAUCGUGGACCUGUGUCUGGGGGGCCGCUGGGACGAGCCGCCGCCCACGCCUCCCCCCGCCGCCACCAACAGCACCUCCACGCCCGUCCUGCCCGACGCCCACGCGUGUCGCGGCGCCGUUAGGCUGCCGAGGGGCGCCCGCGUCCUCAACGCCGGCGGGGUGCUGCAGGUGGGCGGGCUGGUGCAUCCGCUGCCUACACUCAAGGGGAGCAAGGAUGCGCCGCCACGCCCCCCACACUUCCGCGGCUGCAUCAGGAACCUUAGAGUUAACGGCAAGUUAGUGGACCUGGGCAGCGGCGUGCUCAGCAGAGGAAGCUCACCGGGGUGCGCUGCCGCCGACUGCCUGGCCAACCACCUCCACUGCGGCGUCCACGGAAGGUGUCGCGGGUCGCCGGGGUCGCUACGGUGCGAGUGUCAGCCGGGGUGGGGCGGGUCGGGCUGCGCCUCGCCCACCACGCCCGCCGCCUUCCUGCCCAACAGCUACGUCAAGCUGGCGCUCUCCUUCUCGCCGCUGGCCUACACCACCUCCAUCAGCCUCAGGUUCCGCACGCUGAGGCGGCGCGGCGAGCUGGUGGUGCUGUCGUCCCAGCACGGGCGGGACAGCUGGUCCGUGCAGCUGGUGGGCGGCCGCCUGUGCGCGGUGCUGCACCUCCACCCGCGGCCACCGGCCUCGCUCUGCCUGUCGCGCGCCGCCCUCACCGACGGCCGAUGGCACGCCCUCGCCGCCACCAGGUACGGGUCGGCAACCUUCCUGUCGGUGGAUGACGGGGACGGCGACCUGUACAACGCGUCCCUGGUGCUGGAGGGGCGGCAGCUGCUGGAGAUGGACGGCACUGAGGGCGUCCUGGUGGGUGGGUCACCGGAGUACGUCGGGGCCACCAUGUUCAAAGUACACAACGACUUCCGUGAAGGUUGCAUCGACGACCUACGCAUCUCAGGCCACAGCGCCCCUCUCCCCCCCGCGGUGAACAACACGCCCUGGGGCCAAGCGAGCGCGUUCAAGGGCGUGGAGCGAGGCUGCGGCGCCCCGUCUGCGUGUACCAACGUGUCCUGCAGGCCGCCGCUCUCCUGUGUCGACACCUGGAGGUCCUACCACUGCGGGUGUGGCGAGGGCCGCGUGCUGGGCCGGAGCCGCGUGACGUGUGAGGACGAGGACGAGUGUGCGUGGCGGCCGUGCCUCAGCGGCGGCUCCUGCUUCAACACCCAGCCAGGGUACGUGUGCUCGUGCCCGGCGGGGUUCAGCGGCCAGCACUGCCAGCUGCCUGACGUGGGCCACACCUCCCUCAAGCUGCCCGUGGGCGUGCUGGUCACCAUCGUGGUGUGGUGCAUCUUCCUCGUGCUGUUGGUGUGCGCCUUCCUGCUCCACCAGCACCACCGCCGCUCCGCGCUGCGCAGGGGCAUGGCAGACGCCAAGGACACCACCGUGGACUGCAAGGGACAAGUGUCGCCGCCGUGCAGCCACACACCCAACCUGCUGGAGCUGCAGUUGCUCAAGCCGCCCAGAGCCAACGGUCAGCCAGCCUGGGCCAGGAACCCCAACAUUGCCGAUGUGGAUGUGCUGCAGGUGGACGCCACGUCGGAAACCAGCAGCGUGGAGGAGCAGCGGCGCGGUGGGACCCAGGGAGCGGCGGCGACGGCGGCAGUGGUGGUGGUGGACGGCGGGGCGCGGCGGGGAGUGGGCGUGACGUGCCGCGGGGAGAAGGCGCGGCUGGAGAGCAAGGGUGUGGGGUCAGCCACGCCGACGGGGGACGACCUGAGGAACUACGCCUACGAGGGUGAAGGUUCAUCCCCUGGUUCUCUCUCCUCUUGUAAGAAUGCCUCCAGCGUUCUUCAGGCAUGCUACACUCCCAGGCAUGCACACCCCACCAGCCAGCGCCAGGGAACCAUAGGCGUCUUAAAGCAAUGAGACUCUCUGGUUCCAUUAAAAUAUGACAGUCCCUUGCACAGAGCUAGCAUAAAGAACCAGUAGGCGAGUCGGGAGUCCUUCAGUCACGUAAAAUACUGAUCGUCCGGAUGUACAGAAGUCUUACUCAACGUGAGGACUCAUUGUGGUUCUUUUGUUCCUUGAAAGACUCAGAUUCUUAUGGUUCCUCUUGUGGGUUUCUUGAAUGGUCAAUAACGAUAUUUUGUGUUACCCUGAAUGCCAAGCGAAGACCUUUUCUCCAUAUAGAUAUCGGAGCUCUUGUGAUAUCAGUUGAGUCAUCCUCAAUAUAUCCUGAAAUAUCUAAGUGUUUAUCUUGAGUAUCCUUGAAAGAACCACCAUUAUCCAUACAGUAGAACGAACUCCGCUAGGGGUAAUUAAGAAGACCUGAGUAUUUGGACAGUCAUUUUGCACUCUAGUGAUAACGGCUGUGAGUGCUUCCAUAGUCUAAGGCCCGUAUUCUCAGACGCUCUCGGCUCUCACAACAAAGACCUCCCAAGGCCACAAUGGAGAUGAGUCGGGUUCUCAUGAGUGUUUAUCAUAUUCAUGGUGCUGAAGCCUUGUCAUAUUAUCACUAGGGUCAUAAAACCACCCAUGAAAAUACCCAUAAGAACCUCUACGAAAGCCUUAUCAAACGUUGGUGUGAAAGCCAUGGUGUCUGAGGAUACGGUCCCAAGAGCUUAGCAUGCCCCUUUAACACCCUCCCCCCAUGACAGGCCUGGAGAGCUGCAGCGGCAGUGCAAAGUUCCUCGGUGGCUUCCGCGAGGUGGCGCACAUGCUGGAGUCGUGACACGCGGCGGGGACACAGACGCCGGCGACUUCAGCGUCCAAGGGAAGUCGUCCGGCCAGCGCCCCGCCAGUCCCCCAUGUCCCCCUCACCGUCACCGCCACCCUGGUCCACGCCACGCACCGGGGGAGCUCCGAGGUGGUGGUGUCCUCUUGCGAACCUCUCCUGCAGCCGCCACAGCCCAGGGGAGGAGCGUGCGAAGGUCAGGGCGUCAAGAUCGUGUCCCUGUCCCCGCCCUCCCCAGCCAGUGCCUUUAAGUGUUAGCGUAACGGAGUGUGGGACUUGUGGGACUCGUACGGCGUUUGUCCGUCGCCCGCUGGUCUUCCAUGUCGGGUCAACGAGGCGAAAAGGACAGUGAGGAGAGUGGGACUUGCACAGACGAGUUGGUUGGUCUUGUAUAGAUUCUCGCCUUCGUGAAUGUUGUUGCCAAGAUGACGAGGACGGUGGGGUUGGCGGUAUACAGAAACUCACCCUCCGAGAGAAUUGUGAGAUAGUUUGGACUUGCACACACUCUCGCCCUUUCGUGUAUAAUAAGUUACCAAGGUGAAGGAAACGGUGGGAUUGGUGGGACCUGUACAGUGUCUCUCCCUAUGUAACCUUCCGUGAAAGUUAGGUUACAAAGACAAAGAGGGCGGUGAGGUUGACGCUGGAACUUGAACGGACUCUCCCCCUACUGGCUUUUAUAUCAUAAGAGACACAAAGGAGAUGUGGGCGUUACGAGCAGGACCUAAGCAUAUAAGGAGGAGCUAUAAGGUAAUGUGUUUGUGGGAGUACCUUCAACAGAACACUGAGAUUGGAAAACGAUUUGUGGGUAUGGUUCUAAGUUUGUCUUGGUACCACUUGCAAGCCAUAAAUUCUAAGAAAACUAAGGACAUUCUGGGUAUUACUGAACUUAUCCAUCGUUUGUCAUCCGUAACCUUCAGGAAGAUGUUAAUUAGACGUAUGGGGAUGAAUUAUGAAUAUUGGUCCACUGUAUGUCUUGGAACUACUUGCAAUCCGUAAAUGCUAAGGAUACGAGGGGCGUUUUGGGGUCUUUUGAGACUUAUCCAGCGGUUGUCUGUCAUCCACAACCUUCAGGAAAUAUUACCAAGACCUAUGGAGUGAAAUUUAUGGGUAUGGUUUAAUAUUUGUCUUCGAACCACAAGGAAUCCUUAAAUGGGGACUCUGGGUAUUAUUUUUAAGUUAUCCAGCAUUUGUCUGUUACCCACUUCAGAAAAUGUUAGUGUGGAGUUUGCAGUGAAAUUUAUGGGUAUGGUCAAGUUUUUCUCUUCGAUCCAAUUAUUGAUAAAAACGGAGGGGAUUGUGGGUAUCGUGGGAUUUGUACUAUUUUGCCCUUUUUUAUGUCCUUGUCCCCCUUAUCGCCGCCGCUGCUGCUUCCUGUGUCCGUGGUUCGUGGGCGUAAUGAAGGUCUCUUGCCAAAGUCUAUUUUGUAAUUCCUUCUUUCCUCGGAGGAGUGACUCUACCGUAAGAUAGUUGUAAUGCGUUCCUCUACUAUUGUGCGUAUUUCCACCACCAUCACAAUAUACACUGUUCGCAGUUGCCAUACUUCUCAAUAAAUUAUUUUCGUAAAGUAAAACGAU